AAAAGUAUAAAAAUGAACCUCGUUGGCCAUUUGUUGCAUACGGCCAUUAGUGUCACUGCAGCUGGACUCCUGCUCUUGAUUGAUUGCCAGUGUUGUUGCACCGCAAUGAAAGCCCUGUUGAUACUUGGGUUCAUCAGCCUGAUGGGAGCAAAAGGACUGGAGGACUUCCCACAAAGCUAUGUCGUUGCUAAAAGGGACAGCAGCCAUGCGGUCACGCUGCCCUGCGGCACGACAACCAAAAAUGACGUCACAUGGACGUUUGAAGGUCAGGACGUGGAGUUUAAUGGCAGGAUCUCGAUGGAUGGUCCCAAUCUACUGGUGAAAUAUGUAGGCAAGCCCAUGCUGGGAAAAUACACUUGCUUGAGUGAGGGGCAGACGGCUUCCACUUUUCUCCUGAUGGAGGCGGAGGAAGAGGAAGAGCUUGAUUCGCUUCUCAGCUGUCGUGCUAGGUCUUAUUACUGCACUUUUAACUGCAUAUGGCACCAAAGGAAGUAUCGAGCCGUGCGCCUUGGACUGGGCCCUAACUGUCAUGACGGAGGCAACCAGUGUUCGUGGUUCAACGGCACCACCAAGAGCCAGAAUGAGAGAAUCCACUUCGACCUGACCCACUCCCUCAAUCCCUUUGCAGAGGAGAUAUCGAGGCUUGAGCUCACAGUUGAGGCCAUCAAGGACUACACUUUUCUCCAGAGGACCAAGACAUUUUAUCUGAGAGAUAUCAUUCAACCGGAUAGUCCUCAGAUAGUCAGAUGCCAAAAGGGGUCUUCAGGCAUAAACGUGACCAUCCAGCCUCCAUCCAGCUGGCCCAAGCCUCACAGUUUUUUCCGCCUGGAGCACCAAAUUGAAUAUGAGCGCAAGGACGACGGGGAGCUCCAUAGUCUUCUGGUCAGCUCCUCAACCAUCUUAAUACCACUCAAGAUCACCAAGCUGAGAGUCCGCUCCAGAGACCCGCUGGUGCGGUCGGCCUGGAGCGAGUGGACUGACUCGACUUGUUCGACAAAACUCACUCACUGACAUUAUCUUGUCUCUUUGAACUGUCCGAAAAUCUGUGAAUUGCUUACUUUCUAAGUACGAAUGAACGCUGCCAUUCUGACACAUUCAUCUCUAUUUUAUUUAUUUAAAACCAACCAUCAAAAACCUAUUUAUUUUUGUAUCCUUGUUUAUUUAAUAAACAUUGCUUUUCUUGGCCA